CUACUUCGGAAUUCUGAUCUUCAAGAAGUAUCAACGAAAACUACAGAUUUUGCAGCAUUCAAUUUCAAAAUUUACCAACAUGAAUUUUAAUUCAUAUGGCACUAAAGCUGAAAAUUGGAAUCCUUUGAAUGAAGAACUCGAUAUAGGUGAAACAUUAUUGCACAUCUUGGAUGAGGUGCGCUCUUUAAAAGAAAAAUUCGACAAGUGCGCUGAGGAUAACAGAAAUCAAAUACAAACACUUAAAGACGAGAUUCAGGAGCUAAGGAAUGAAGUGGUACAACUGAAUCCACGUAAGACUCCUGAAUUUAAGCUGUUACCAAAGUUGCCUUUUGAUUCCCUGCAAGAUUUGAAAGAAUUUGAUGAUAAGCUGCCAUUAAACGAUGACUUGAGACAAGAAGUAAUAAAGUUUAUUAGAAGAAUUGAGGCCAACGAUUUUACAAAAUUUCUGAGAACAACUUUGCGAGCAUUAGUAACGGAUGAGUUGGCUGUAAAUGUAACAUGGCGCGGAACGCAAGAAAAGCCAAGCAUACAACGUUUUACAAUAUUUUUACUUUUAAGAGAAAUCUGCCAUGAGAAAUUUCCCAGUGGUGGACUUCCUGAAAUCAAUCGAGUUUGCCAGCAGCAUUUCUUACAUGCCAAAGACAGAGUUGUUAAAAAGAAAUCGGGAACAUCGGCUUCCUUUCCAUCCUUUAUACCUGCAGCUAGUGCACCUGCCAUUAAAUGCGAUUCACCUCUUCUUAUUGCUCCUGCUUCGCCACCACCGCCAUCGCUUUUGCCUCAUAUGCCAUUUAUUACUCUUUCGAGUUUAGAAGAAUUUGAUGACAAGCUUUUGGAAGAUACCAAAUUGAAAAAGGCUUUGAAACAAUAUGUAAAUAAAGUCACCGGAAGGGACCAUUCUAUAUUUCUGCGUUCGGCUUUCAGAGCAAUAAUGACGGACGAGGUGGCCAUGGAAUUGACCUGGCGCGGUACAAAAGAAAAGCAGAGCAUUCAAGAGUUUACAGUUUUUGUGAUUAUCAGAAAUACCUGUACUUCAAAGUAUAGUGAAAUAAGCAUGACGGAAAUUAACAAAGUUUGUCAACAGCACUUUCUUCAUGCCAGAGAUAGGGUUAACAAGAGAAUUAAACUGUUCUAAGAAAUAUAAUUUAACAUUUUAACAUGUUGUUUAUAAUCAAAUCUACUAUUUCGACUAUUUUAUAUACCAAGUACUAGCUAUUUCCUUAGUUUCAAUAAAUUGACGUAUAAAAA